CACACAUGCUCGCACUGAUAUUUUCUCUCUUUGUUCAAAGGGUUUAUAUAAUCUCUCAUUCUCACUAAAAAUCCUGCAAAAUUCCCAUUUCCCGAGGAGAAUCACCACCUCGUUAUCCUUCAAUUCAUCUUUCACAACAAAACAAAUUAAUACUCUCUCUCACACGUAUGCCUCCUUACUGACAAUCUUUGUACGUUCUUGAUUCACAAACCCACUGUGUAAUCUUGUUCCAAACCCACUGGAUUAACACCCCAUUUGAUCAAUUUUUGAUCUUUACUAAAGGGUUUUGUUCAAUUGUUGAAUUGAACAUGAUGGCUCAAGAUAACUCGAACGUCGAAUCAAAUUCAAGAAAACAGCGACUCUUGAAAGAUCAAGUUCGUUUAGUUAAACGAAAAGACAAUGCGCGGUUUGAAAUCGUUCAAAUUAAGGAUUCUUUAUCAUUCGAAAAGGGAUUCUUUGUUGUGAUUCGGGCUUGCCAGAUGUUAGCCCAGAAGAACGAUGGAAUCAUACUGAUCGGGUUAGCGGGUCCUUCGGGUGCUGGGAAAACCGCAUUCACCGACAAAAUACUUAGCUUCAUGCCGAGCGUUGCAGUCAUAUCGAUGGAUAAUUACAACGAUGCCACCCGAGUAAUUGAUGGUAACUUUGAUGAUCCUCGCUUGACGGAUUAUGAUACUUUGCUAAAAAACAUUCUUGAUUUGAAAGAAGGCAAGACGAUUGAAGUCCCGAUAUACGAUUUCAAGUCUAGUUGUCGCACAGGUUACAGGACACUCGAAGUCCCGAGCUCUCGAAUAGUGAUAAUCGAGGGGAUCUAUGCAUUGAGUGAAAAGUUGAGGCCCUUGUUGGAUCUUAGAGUAUCCGUGACAGGUGGCGUUCAUUUUGAUCUUGUUAAACGGGUAUUAAGGGACAUACAACGGGCUGGACAGGAACCUGAAGAAAUCAUAUACCAGAUUUCUGAAACGGUUUAUCCGAUGUAUAAGGCAUUCAUCGAACCCGACCUCCAAACCGCUCAUAUCAAGAUCGUUAACAAGUUUAAUCCCUUUACGGGAUUUCAAAAUCCCACUUAUAUCCUAAAGUCAUCAAGAAAUGUGAGUGUUGAACAAGUCAAAUCUGCCAUGUCAGAAGAAUGUACGGAAUCAUUGGAGCAGAUUUACGAUAUUUUUCUUUUGCCACCUGGCGAAGAUCCGGAAACCUGUCAAUCUUAUUUGCGGAUGCGGAACAGGGAAGGAAAAUACAAUCUUAUGUUUGAGGAAUGGGUUACGGAUCCUCCAUUUAUAAUAUCUCCAAGAAUAAGUUUUGAAGUUAGCGUUCGGCUUCUUGGUGGUUUAAUGGCAUUAGGGUACACAAUAGCAUCCAUUUUAAAAAGAAGUAGCCACGUGUUCACAUAUGAAAGCGUGUGCGUGAAAAUCGACUGGUUGGAACAAGUUAACCGACGUUAUGUUCAGGUGCUAGGAAGAGACCGCUUAGGCGUUAGAUCCGUUGCUGAGCGUCUGGGAUUAGAAGGGUCGUAUAUUCCGCGAACGUAUCUUGAACAAAUGAAGCUCGAAAAGCUCUUGAAUGAAGUCAUGGUGCUACCGGAUGAUUUAAAAACAAAACUAAGCAUAGAUGAGGAAAUGAUUUCGAGUCCCAUAGGUUCGGUUACUCUACCUACAAGGGGAAAUAAAUUUCAUAAAAGUGGACUGUCACAUUCGUAUUCAUCCGCAAGUAAAAAUUUAACCUCCAUUAAAAGAUUUGAGGACACGAGUCAGGAACCGACACGCGCGUUAGCAAGCCAGGGAGCAAUUAGUCAACUUUCAGAACAGAUUUCGACUUUGAAUGAUCGCAUGGACGAAUUUACUUCUCGGAUUGAUGAACUGAAUUCGCAGUUCACUAAAGGGAUGAGUUAUGGUAGUCAAAGUCAACAGAAAAUAGACGCGUGUAAUGGAUCUGGAUCUGCGUCGACUUCGUAUUUCACUGGAUCCGCGGUGCGCCAUUCGUCAUCGUCGACUCAGUUAGUCAAGGAUUCUAAUUUGGUAGAAGAGAUAACAGGAAUUGGAAGAAACCAACUGAAAAUUAUGCAUCAGCUUGAUCUUCUGAGUAACAGUCUUCGUGGUAAAAUGGAUGAAAGAUCUCGUGAGGAAAGAGAAUUCAAGAAAAGUCAAAGGUCAAAGCUUGAUGGCGUCGUGGUUUCGUUACUGUUAGCAUUUGCCUGUGGUGGUGUUGGGAUCUUCUUGUUUAAGGGUGUUUCACCAAGAAAUUGAUUCUUUUUCGAUUAAUUCGUUCACUUUUCGUUUUUUUCUUCUUCUUAAAGUUGGAAUGUUCAUGGGUCAAAUUGAUCAAUGGUUUUACAGACUGAACGCUAGUCACUUUCGAGUUUUUACCAAAGAAAGAUACUGUUUUUAGCUUUCA